AUGUCUACCAUCUUGCUGCUGAUUCAAACAGGCCAGCACUCUACACCACAUCUCUUGAGCAUUGGCCAUCGUCCCUUCCUCGCACUGAACGGACAUCUAUUUGCGCUUCCCCAUAUACCCAACUGCAUGGCACUUUAUCUUCUCAUUGAUCUUAUUCUUAAAUAUUCUCAUCUUACAGAAGUUUUCCGGGGCAUGGCUAUUAUCCAGAAGAGCCACCGUACCGGCAGUCGUUUAACAUUGAAGGAAGGCAGCCCAGAGCUCAACGUGACGUGCCCGUCUACAAUGUCUACUGCAUCGGCGGCCACUUCGAGGCGCCAAAGCCGUACGAAUGCCCGCACCGCUCUAGGGAAGCGGAGGAUUCCAGCGCCAGAUGCUGGCGAAUCUGAAAAUGAUGACCGUCCUCGCAGAUACAAAAAGCCCAAGGCGAGCGAACUUCUCUCCAUACUCGACAACAUGUCAGACAUGGAAAUGCCUCGCCCUAACGGGACACCGGGUCAUGGCACGGUAAGCUACACAGCACGACAGGGGGGCUCAGAAAUCCCCGCCCUGUAUGAGGCGUACCACAAGAAGCUGGAGGUGCUCAAGGUCAGUAUACGCAAGAAGGCCAAACGGGAAAAAGAGGUCGCCGAGAAAACCAACAAGACGGUUUCGCAUAACAGGGGUGAUCGGAGAAACAAAAUAGGAAAACCCAAGGUCACUCUCAGUCGUAAGGUGGUGAGGAAGAAUCCCCAGGGAGACCAAAGCAAACGCAGGGAUAAGCUGGCCAAGAAUCGAGACAUUCCUACGAUAAUCGAAGACGAUGUCUGCGAAGCCAGUCUGGAGGAGGACCUUGAAGAUCUUGAAGACUGGAGGAAGAAGGAUCUACAAGAAAGAACGUUUCGCCUCAGUCUGCUUUACCGCAAGGUGCCUCGAAAGUGUCACUUUCUUCAGCUGCCCCUCGAGAUUCGAGAACAGAUAUGCGGCUACCUCCUCGAGGCUCCGGGACCUGUCCGCGUCUUCGAGGGCUGGUCCAAGGUCCAUAGGCACAAGCGCCAGACACUUGAAACGGCGAUUAUGCGCACAAACUCGCAGAUUGCUGACGAGUGCGUGCGCAUCCUCUACGGACGUAACACUUUUGAGUACUUGGUCCGCGACAGUUCCGGGGUUGAGCCUAGUUCCUCUCCUGACAGUUACCAGGGAGAUGACACUGCCGUCGAUUCGGAUUUGGACUAUGACGGUGAGUACGAGGAUAACGACGGCUACCCGGAUCAUGAGGGCGACGAAUACGAAGACGCACCCAGCCGUUGUCGUCGGUCACAAGCCGUAGGGAACAAUGCUGCAAGGCUGAGUGUCGCGAAGAGAAGAAGCACCAGAACCUUGGGCAAGAAACAACCGAACUACGACGACGCCGAUAGUUCACCCUCCCCCGCUUCCCCAGUUUCUCUCCCCCCGAGUGGCUCCAAGAUGCACUCCAAGGUUCCCGCCCACGAGGUCUUCAACCCCAAUGUUGAGAUCAACGUAACCAAGUUCGGACACCACUUCCGACACAUUCGGAUCAAACUUGAAAACGGUCGAACCGGCCCUUAUUACCGCGCACGCAUGGCCGCCGCCAUCGCCACGUUUUCACACCUCAAGCCGCGUCGAGCCAAGUUGCACACCAUCGACAUUGAGAUCACGCCCACACGACAGAACCACCAGAAGCAGCAGCAACAAGGCCAAGAGGCGGAAGACAACAAUCGCGACCUCACGUUUCUUGAUUUCUUCGAUCCCCAAGCUGACGUCUUGCGUGCCCUCCGCGUGCUACCGUGCCAGUUCAUCCGGGUGGUGGUUAAUACGCAUGCUGGUCCCAGGGAUAUCGUGGUCGACCGGCGCCAUGCCGAGAAGGAUAUUGGGGCCGGUGAUGUGGUCGUGCAGGCGCAGAGGAAGCGGUUGGCCGGGUUGGCGCGGCGGAUCCUCGAGCAGCUUCCGCAGACGAUUCGGCAGGUUUGGCUUGCGCAUGAGGUUCAGGGGUCUCAUGACAUAUGGGAUCUCUCUGAUACGGACGAGGAAGAGGGGAUGUGGGAUUGA